AUGUCAACCGUUUUAAGAUGGCGAAGACCCUUCGGAGCCACUGAUAUCCCGCCGAUCCGGUUCCACGGUAUCUCAACACCUACUACUAAUGGGGAGGUCUAUGCACUCUCUUCCAUCAUCAUCAUGGGUUUGGGUUGGGUUCCGGGGGAUAGAGAGCCGUAUGGUGGCAAUGCCCUAGUGGGAGCUGCCAUAGGAAUUUCAGUUGUGCUCGUUCUGUUCGUUGCUGCGAGGUUUUGGACUCGCUUUAUGCAGCGGGUGAAGAUUGGACUCGAUGACUAUCUGAUUCUCCUUGCCUUGGCGGCAAGUCUCGCAAAAUGUGCCAUCUACAUUUACCUGGCCAAAGUCGUUGGAGUCGGAUAUCAUAUUACGCAAGUGGCUCAGACGCCCGAAAAUCUAAUAUUUCUAAGAAAGUGCGUCUUUGUCCUCGAAAUCCUGGACUAUCCCCUCAGCGUGACACCGGCCAAAUUGGCCCUGCUAUUAUUCUACACCCGCAUCUUCACAUUUCGCAAAUUCCGAAUCGGUGCCUACGUGGUAGGAUCAUUGGUACUUGGGUUAGGGGUUGCAGCUCUAUUCGCAACCUUCUUCCAGUGCCAGCCUUUGGCAUUUGUCUGGAAUAGGGCAAUUGCCGGUGGAAAAUGCGUGUGGAGGCUUCAAAUCUACCGCAUCUUAUCACCCAUCAACGUUGUAACUGGACUGUUGAUCAUUAUCUUGCCCAUUCCAGCAAUUUGGAAAUUACAUGCACCCAGAGGGCAAAAGUUGGCAUUGACUGGCGUGUUUCUUUUGGGUGGGCUGGGUACUGUUGCCAGUAUCUUAAGUAUGGCCAUCUUCUUCGCCGAAAAGCAGGUGGCCAUGGAUGAUCCUACAUUGGGAUUCUCCGUCGAACUAGGCAUCCUCGUGGUUCUCGAAAGUGGCAUCAUAAUUGUCGCAGCUUGUCUCAUGAGUAUCUGGCCUUUAUUCACCAGAAUGAUCCCCCGGCGUCUCCAGGCCUUGUGCUCUCGUAUGCCGCGUGAGAAUCACCACCAGCAUUGGUAUCUCAGAGAUAAUUGCGCAAACACCAAAAAUGAUGGGAGAAUUGAGCGUCAUAGGGAGAUUCGCUUGAUUAGAGAGGAGGCUUGGAAUAGCUCGCAAUCUUCUCCUUGUUCGUUGGCGGAUUUGGAAGAUCAACGGUUGUCCAUUCUUGUUGAUGACACUGUUGGAACUUGUGGGAGUGACGGGAAGCAGUUUCAUACUAAAAGUACUUUAUAA